AUGCCAAAAAGAGCUUCAGAUGCCCCUAUGGGUAACAGUGAGAAGAAAAGGAAGCUUCUCUCAUUAUCGAUAGCACAGAAAGUGGAGUUGUUACAGAAGCUUGAUCAUGGUGUGCCUAUGCGGCAUCUUAAUGAAAAAUAUGGUGUGGGAACUACCACCAUAUAUGACUUAAAGAAACAGAAAGACAAGUUGUUGAAGUUUUACACUGACAGUGAUGACCCAAAAAUAAUGAAAAACAGAAAAACAUUGCAUAGGGCAAAAAAUGAAGAUCUUGACCGCGUGCUGAUUGAGUGGAUUCGACAACGAAGACCUGAACGUAUGCCACUGACUGGUUUGAUGGUCAUGAAACAAGCUAAAAUAUACCAUGAAGAACUGAACAUUGAUGGUGAGUGUGAAUAUUCAGAAGGUUGGCUGCAGAAAUUUAAGAAGUGUCAUGGUAUAAAAUAUCUGAAAAUCUGUGGUGAAAAAGCUUCUGCUGAUCAUGAAAUAGCUGAAAAUUACAUUGACGAAUUUGCCAAAAUUAUAUCUGAUGAAAACCUUAGCCCUGAACAAAUUUACAAUGCUGAUGAAACAGCUCUGUACUGGCACUACAUUCCUAGAAAAACGUUAACAACAGCUGAUGAGAGAGCACCAACAGGUGUUAAGGAUGCUAAGGACAGGUUGACUGUUCUUGGGUGUGCCAAUGCUGCAGGCACACACAAGUUAAAUUUGGCAGUGAUUGGAAAAAGCCGACGACCAAGAUGUCUGAAAGGUGUACACAAUUUACCUGUGCAUUAUUAUGCCAACAAGAAAGCAUGGGUAACCAGAGAACUAUUUUCUGACUGGUUCAAUAACCACUUUGUACCAUCAGCACGAGCUCAUUGCAGGGAAGCUGGACUGGAAGCAAACUGUAAAAUUCUAUUGUUCCUUGACAACUGCUCCGCACAUCCCCCUGCUGAACUUCUUGUGAAAAGUUUAUCUUCCGAAAGUGUAAAUAAGUUGGAGGAAGCCGACAUUGAAGAAGUGCUGAACAUUGACAAUGAUGCACCUGUUGUGCAUUCAUUGAGUGAUGGGGAAAUAGCUGAAAUGGUGCUAAAUAAAGAUAAGCAUGAGGAUAGUAGUGAUGAUGAUGAUGAUGAUGAUGAAAUUGUGAACACAUGUGAAAAAGUCUCCAUAGACGAUGUGAUGACACUGGAAGAAGCCUUUAAAAAGGCCAUCUGUCCUAGUGUUGAGUCAUCACUUGAGAGUCCUGCUCCUGGCCCAUCUUCAGAUCUCCGACUUCUACUUGAUGAUGACGAUGACAACACUGAUGUGUCCUCUUCAUGA